AUGUUCCUUCUCGCGGCCUUUUGCCUGGCCCUGACGGCGAUGGGUGGUCAGGCCAGGCCGCUGGAGCCCACGGCCCAGCACAUCGUGAUCGUGACGCCGCAGGCUCAGGUUCACCUGGAGCCAGCUCUUCGCUAUGUCCAUGGCCUAUCGCCUUUGGCCCGUGUGGCCUCGCCGCAUCACCAUGAGGAGACCAUCGUGUAUGUCCCGGCCGGAACUGCUGCCCAGGUGGUGCCAGUAGUGGAUACCGUGGGAUCCGGUCGUGCUGGAGGUGCGCCGGAGACCAAGCAGUGGGAGAAUACAGGCGAGAUUGCCAACCAGAUCCAGCAGGUUUCCCAACAGGGCGUCGAGAUCGUGAGCGGACAGUUGAGCGAGGCGGCAGCAUCAGCAGCCUCCGCCGGAGCGGGCUUCUUCCCUUCACUGUUCCCACCAAGUGGCUCCAAGAAGGAGGAGCAACUGUUACAGGGUUUGAAGACCGAGAAGAUUGAGCUGAUCGAAACGCCAGCCAACACCCAGCCAUUGAUUGCCACCGAGGCUCGCCAUUUCUAUAGCAUUCCCCAGGUCUACCAUACUCCAGUGGUUGAUGUGGUCCAUGGUCCCGUCUAUACCUGGCCUAUUUCUGCUAUCCGGGCCCGUAGCAUCCAGCAAGAACCGGAACCGGAGCUGACGGCUUCCGAACCUAGUCUAAAGCAAGCCUUAAAGGCUGAGCCGCAAGCGGAGAUUCAGCCAGAACCACAAGCCCUGCUGAAGGAACAGCCCUUAUUGAAGGAGCAACCGCAACCUCUGCUGAAGGAACAGCCCUUGGAACAACCUGCUCAGGAACAGAAGCCUCUCAUUCCAGAAGCUAGCGAGCAGAAGUCCGAGUUCGCCGGGCGCCUCCUGGAGAGCAAUGCCAUCAAGCAGGAGCUAAAAGGUGCUGAGAUCGCAAAGGAGCCACUGAAAGAAGAAGCAGCCAAAAUUCAGCAGGAGGAGCUUAUUAAGACCAUUCAGGCUGAGCCGUUGGCCGAAACUAUCCAGGCUGAGCCCCUGACCAAGACUCUUCCCGUUGCGGCCAUCCAGGCCGAGCAGCCGAAGCAGCAGGAGAUCCAGCAGAUCAUUCCUGCGCAGACAGCCGAGAUCAUCGCCGAUGCCAUUGUGCCGCAGGCUUAAAGCCGCGACCGGAACCAGAACUCAUCUCUGAAUCUCAAUCAUCCCUUGGGCAGCUUUGGUUCUUCGACUGAUUCUCAUCGCUGGCCCGUCACAAAUAUGACCGGGCCAUGGGGUUUCCCCUCAUCCAUAACCACCCACCAAUCGUACAUUUAAUUACUAACACAGAACGCACACGCAUCAUCCGCAAACAUUUUCCAUUUUCCAGACAUUAAUUAACAGAAGCGAAACGAGCAAGAGACAUUCAUUCAUAAUUAU